AUGAACAUUAUUCGAUCGUUUGGGGAUUCCAUUUCUGGAAGAUCAAAAGAUGGAGUGCGUGUUGUGUGCCAGAGAACAUUUGCUGCUGGUAAAGCUAAGAAAGGCGGAAAAGGAAGUGGAGCUAAUGACGCACCAAAAGCGUCGACUCUGAGCAAAGAGAUCAAAUCCAGCACGGUCGUUGGUGCUAAUAUUCUGAAAAAUGGAUCCGACCCUAAGAUCUUGCCUGAAUCUGAUUAUCCAGAACGUCUCUGGCGUCUGCUUGAUAAGCGACCGGCGCUUAGUGAACUUAGAAGGAAGAACGUCGAAACUCUUCCUUUUGAAGAUCUCAAACGCUUUGUGAAGCUGGACACCCGAGCCAGAAUCAAGGAGCACAAUUCUUUCAAGGCCAAGAACUGA